CUCACUUGUGACACAGUCAGGAUGGAAACAGCAGCGACCUUCCUGGUUUUCUCUUUCCUUCAUGUCUGCUCUUCAGUACCUGUGAGCCAUCCAACAAACUGGCUCAGACAAUGCCGUGCUUCUACCAACCUCUCCAUCACAGCACUGGAGGUGCUGCCAGGUGGAGGCUGGGACAACCUCCGGAACAUGGACAUGGGUCGAGUCAUGAACCUCAGCUACUCCCAGUGCCAGACCACUGAGGAUGGGCUCUACCUCAUUCCAGAUGAAGUGUUUGUCAUCCCUCAAAAAGAGACAGGUGUGGAGACCAGCUCAGAGAUCAUCAGGUCCUGGCUUGAGCAGAAAAGCUCAACAUCUGAAAGCAUCAAUGCUGACAUGUCCUUCCUCAAGCUGCUGAAUGGCAAAUUUUCUAGUGAGAACAAGAGGAUGAAAACCCAUCAGGUCAAAGACUCUUCAACCACAGCCAGAGUGCAGGUUCGUAACUUCCUCUACACAGUUAAGGCUUAUCCAGGCUUCACUCUGGACACACGAUUCGUUCAGCAAGUCAGAGACAUCGCUGAAGCGAUUGAGAACAACCAGACGAAAAAUGCAGACUAUCUCUCAGAGAUGAUGGUGCUGGACUAUGGGACUCAUGUCAUCACUACUGUGGAUGCUGGGGCGGCUUUGGUGCAGGAGGACUAUCUCCGUUCCUCAUAUGUGUCAGACAGUGAGUCACAAAGCUCCUCUGUUAAAGCACAGGCUGGAUUAAACUUCUUUGAUAAACUAAAGUUUGACAUUAGCAGUCAAAGUGCCCAACAGAGCUCAUCACUUCAAACAUAUCAAUCCAAUAUUCAGUACUCCCUUAUUCAAAGCCACGGAGGCACAACUUUCUAUCCUGGCAUAACUCUACAGAAAUGGCAGGAAAGUACCAGAAACAACCUCGUUGCCAUCGAUCGCUCAGGAUUUCCUCUGCACUAUUUCAUAAACACCAACACUCUCACUGAUCUGCCACACCCUACGAUUAGAAAAGUUGCUCUUAAAGUCAGUCAGGCUGUAGAGCGCUACUACAAGAUCAAUACUCGCCCCGGAUGUGUUGAUGUCAACUCCAAGAACUUCAACUUCCAGGCUAACAUGGAUGAUAAUUCCUUGCCUCCGUUCACCAAACCUCCACUUAUCAGCAUGCAAGCCACCAACACAGUGAUGGUGAUGACUGAAGGAGAAAACAGCUGGGUGAGAGUGGGCCAGACCAAGAAGUGGAAACUUGCCAAACCAGAAGAAAUCAAGGAAUUUAUUCAAAAUCUUCAUCCUAAACUGAAUCAGAUGUCUAGUGGCGAAAAGGCAGGUGUAGCUUUUGGGGUGAUCGGUAUGAUACUGCUGGUGGCCAUAGUGGCAGUUUUCUUGGUGAAAAGAAGGAGGAGGAUGUCAGGGUUUAGAACUAUGAGAGGUUAUGAGAAAAUACCUGAAGAGGCUGAGAUGGAUACACAACAAGAUGUAAUAAGAACGUAAUACCUUGAUCAACUAGAUACAAAGAUUAUAGUAAUGUGACUCUAUUGGUUGUUAUGCUUCUUACAGCACUGAAACAUGUUAAGAGCUUUUAUUUUGGA